UAAAAAAAUAUCAUAAUGACCAGCAUUAUGGGCACGGAACAGCACAAGUAUCACACGAUUAAUUUCGAAGACACCGAGUUACGUUUAGGGUUGCCCGGAGGCAAGGGAAACGAUGGUGAAACAACAAAAAAUAACAGCAAACGAGGGGUUUCGGAGACAGUUAAUCUGAAGCUUAAUCUAUCAAAAAAGGAAGCCGAAGCCGAAGCCGAAUCCGAAUCCGAAUCCGAAUCGGAAGAGCCUGAGAAGAUGAAGGAGAAGAGCUCUAUUGCACCUCGUUCUACUGACCCUGCAAAACCCCAUGCAAAGGCACAAGUGGUAGGAUGGCCACCAGUCAGGUCCUUCCGGAAGAACAUCAUGGCCGUCCAAAAAGCCAUUUCCGAGGAGGAGGGUGACAGCAAGAAGGCCAGAAACAAUACAGCCACCAUUGCCGCGGCAUUUGUUAAGGUCAGCAUGGAUGGUGCACCUUAUCUACGCAAGGUGGACUUGAAACUUUACAAAAGUUACCAAGAACUCUCUGAUGCCUUGAGCAAAAUGUUCAGCUCCUUCACUAUUGGUAACUAUAGAUCACAAGGAAUGAAAUAUUUCGUGAAUGAAAUCAAAUUAAUAGACCUUUUGAAUGGUUCCGAGUAUGUUCCUACUUAUGAAGACAAAGAUGGAGAUUGGAUGCUUGUUGGAGAUGUCCCAUGGGAGAUGUUCGUUCAUUCCUGCAAACGUUUGAGAAUUAGGAAAGGAUCCUACGCAAUUGGACUUGCACCAAAAGCAGUAGAGAAGUGCAAGAACAGAUGCUGAAGUGGUUCGACAACAACAAUCUCAAUCAAAAUCUAACUUAACCGGCUUAAUCGAGAUCGAGCAAGAAGAAAAAAAUUAAGAAAAGAAAAUGUUAUGAGAAAUGUAAUUUGGAGAUUUAAAGGACAAGAAGUAAUAGAAAUAUCAAAUGUUUACUUUCAAUUGUUCGUUUAACAAUAUCUUAAAAAUAUGUGUUUUU